AUAUAUCAUUUAAUUUAAUAGUACAUAUUAAAAUACCAAAAUAUUUAUUCUUUUUUUUUUUAUGUUUAAAUACCUCUUAAUUGAGGUCAAUUAAUUAAAUUGAGGGUCACAAUCUAUUAGGCAAAAUAAAGUAUCUAAAAUCGAAAUAUGUAAAAUGCCUUUAUUACUUUUUUCAUCAUUAACAUAAAUAAUGGAGGGUUUGGUAAUAAAUUGCUAAACAUAAACGCUCUAUUUGAAUAAUACGGCACUAAAUUUUUUUUGAGAUAUUUGGUAUUUCUUAAUCUCGCGAAGUUGGAGGAACUUCUAAUGAUUCUUUCAUUUUAUUAUGUUAUAGAUUACUAUGCAGAAGCUGCAAGUACUGUAUUUAAACGAUUUCUUUCAUAUUAUUUAUUGCAUGAAUGUGUUCACAUCUUUUUAUUGCUAGGUUGUUCACAUUAUAAAUUUUUAAACCAGGAAUUGAUUAUCUUAAAAUUAAUGAAAGGUCAUAUGAUAUAUAAUCAAAAUAUCAUACAACAUUUUCAACUUCCUCCCUUUAUCCUCCCUUUAAUAUUUAGUAAUUUCCAAUAUCUGAAUAAAUUUGCUUUUUGUAAUUUAUCGUAUUGUUUUUUUGAUGGUUGCCAUAUUUAAAUUUGUCUAAUAAUAAAAAUUUUCGUGAUUCUUCAAGUAAAUGUGAUACUAACGUAAUACAGUCAGCUCUCGAUAUGAAGAACCCUCCGGUUUUCAUCUCAAAUUCGCUAUAAGAUUAUAGCGAAGAAUUAAAAGAAUUUAUUUGAUUGAUAUAAUGUCACUUGUUGGGAAAAUUCGUUAUAAAGUCGAGAGUCGACUGUAGUAAACAUUCGGGCAACCUCCCUUUCCUUGGCUCUUUCUUCUUUUAAUUCUCUUGAAUUUAAUUGGCUGAUUCGUUAUAACAAGAGAUAUUGAUUGGUAUAAUGUCACGUGUUGAGAAAAUUUUGUUAUAAAGUCGAGAGUCGACUG